AUGGAUUUACCUUUACAGCCAAACUUGUCUGAGACAUUAGGGUUCACUACUUACCCACCUGCGUAUCUUAGCUCUAAGGCUUCAGGCAGUAACCUUCUCAUUGGAUCAAAUUUCGCUUCUGCCGGUUCUGGUUACGACCCGAAAGCUGCAGUCAUCAAUCACGCGAUCCCGUUAUAUCAGCAGAUCGAGUAUUUCAAGGAAUAUAAGAUCAAGCUCACGAAAAUCGCCGGGAAAAACAAAUCUGAAUCUGUAAUUCAAGGAGCAAUCUGCCUUUUGAGCGCAGGGAGCAGCGAUUUUCUCCAGAACUACUACGUUAACCCUUUGCUCCACAAAGUCUAUACCCCCGACCAGUACGGUUCCUACCUCAUUGAAAAUUUCUCAAGCUUUGUCAAGGAAGUGUACGGCCUCGGAGUGAGGAAGAUCGGUGUGACUUCUCUGGCACCGUUAGGCUGUCUUCCUUUGGCAAGAACCCUUUUUGGGUUUCAUGAGAAAGGUUGUGUUGAGAGAUUAAACUCUGACGCUAAACAAUUCAACGAGAAGCUUAACUCGGAGGCUUCAAAGCUGAAGAAGCGAUACUCGGGCCUUAAGAUCAUCGUUUUCGACAUCUUAAAGCCACUCUAUGACCUCGUUCAGUCCCCUUCCAAAUAUGGGUUUAUAGAAGCAACGAAAGGGUGCUGCGGAACUGGAAAAGUCGAGACUACUUCUCUUUUGUGCAACCCGAAAUCCUUCGGGGCAUGUUCGAAUGCCUCUGAGUAUGUGUUUUGGGACAGUGCUCAUCCCUCUCAAGCUGCUAAUCAAGUUCUUGCUGAUGCUUUGAUCACCCAAGGCAUCGGUCUCAUCGCCUAAUGCAUACGUUUUAUUUUUCCGUGAUUCGGAUCGAUGAUUUCUGGCCCUUUGCUUUCGUGCAAUAAGAAUACUAAUGGACA